CCAGGCCAGGACAUAAUUGAAAUCCCAAGCAAUAAUCCCGGUAGAAAGCGGAUAUAUUUAAUUUUUAAUAUUUAAUUUAUAGAUAAUGAGAGCAAGACGUUGUUUCGUCUAUCGAAAGGAUUUGACUAUUUUGACAAAUUUAAAAGGUUUGCGCUUCUAGCAUUGUAUUUUUACUUAAAAGUAACCAAGAGCAAACACAGAGACGUCACUGUACGUCAGUUGGGAAAAUUCUGCAAUGUCAGUGAAAUAUAUAUAACUAAUAAUAUAUUCGGAACAUUUUCUCCAUCGACGAUAGGAUGAAAGAGUUUAAUAAGGUUGUUUCUUCCACAAUUGGCUGCUACUAUUAACAACUCAUUUUCUAUUAACAUCAGGCAUAAGCGCGAGCAUAUACUGUAUGCAUGUCAAACAUAAGCGAUGAAAAAAAGUCCGGCUUUAAACAAUCCGCAUGAUUGGUGCUGGAAUUAUGUGAAAUUUCCAAUCAUGGAAAGCCAAAGACAUUAACUCCGCAACUCUGAGUGUUAGAAAUCUGUCGCAGCCUGUUUUUGUCUUUUUGGUGGUGCACAACUAAUAAAAUAAUCUAAAGGUACAUUCAAAGGAGAAAGGAAUCCUCGCCAUGUUAGAUCAAAUUUGAAUUACAAAUUAGGGAUGCACCGGAACCGUUUUUUUAAGUUCCGGCCGGAACCGGAUCCGACCGGAACUGGAAAAAAGUUCCGGCCGGAAGUUCCGGAACUAAUUUAUUAAGCCAUAUAUAGUCAUAUGUUACUUUGUCCGCUGCCAGACAAGCAGACACUUCAAAUCAUCAAGUAGAGAGUUCGCAAAUGUCAGAAUAAAAAGACUGACAAACGUUAAACGUCAUAAUGAAGUAUUAAUAGUGUACAUUUCCCUUGCGUAGUCCAACUUUCUUCCUACUGUGACCUUUUGUUAGACACAAAAACGUUUGAUUUUCUAUCUCCCUGAAAACGACAGAGUUCCGGUUCCGGCCAUGCUUUUUUUACUAGUUCCGGCCGGAACCGGAACUCUAAAAAAUCGGGGUUCCGGCCGGAACCGAGUUCCGGUGCACCCCUAUUACAAAUUGGGAAAAUCUUUUGUUAAUUUCAUCUACCAUGACGACAAUGACGUAAGCCGUGACCCACUAAUAUAAGAAUAUCUUCCCAACUAUAAUUCAAUUUCCCCACUGUCCUGAAAGAACAUCAUGGCAUGAGUUUUUAUCAAUUGUCUAAGAAAUGUAUUUAUACGUAACCAAGAUAAUGUAGAUUUAGUCUUGGACUUAAAAAUACAGAAUAAGUUGGGGUGUCCCGGCCAGGGGGUGUUCCCGUGUUCCCUUGAAAAUUUUUCUUUGUUCCCUUGUUCCUCACAAAAUUUUCACCAUGUUCCCUUGUUCUCCAAGCUUACAUGUUCCCUUGCUCUCUGUAAUUUUUUGGCUUUGUUCCGUUGUUCCCAUUGAAACAUGUGCCUUGUUCCACUGGGAACUAAGUAUAUCCGUACUACUGUAAGUAUAUCCAUACUAUUUCCAUACUAUAUCCAUAGUGUGGAAAUACACAAUUAUUAUGGAUAAUCAAAAUCCAUUCUAUUUCCAAUAAAGGUCCAUACAAUUUCCAUUUUAUGGAUUUUCAAUUUUUUUCCAGUGUUCCGUAUAGAAACCACUGAGAGACCCUUAUAAGUUGUUGUGCAUAAAUGGUCAGAUCUAGAAUUGAUAUAUUUAGGCUCUGUGAAAAUUCUUCCACGUGGGAUUCUGCUGAGCAAGAGACGUUUGUUUGCGAAAUGCUGAACCUUGGAAAAAUUGCUAUCACUGAUAAUGGUAAGCAUUCGAAAGUAGGAUAUAUUAUUGUAAAGAUGACUGAAGUUUCAUUAUUAUCCAGUUAGUUUUUCAUUCGUUAUAAUAAAUUUCGAUAGAUAUAGAGGAAUUGUAACAUUGUACACUUCACCACUUGCAAAAGUAAUCUAUAUAUAUCUACCAGGAUCCCGGCCCGGUCACGUUUUGAUAUUUUUGAAAGAAAGUUCACAAUAAAAUUUUUAUAUUUCUUUUUAAAUUGUUUAAUUUCGUCGUAAAUUUGGCGAGUUAUUUGUUCGAUUCUUACAGGAAUGAAAUAACCCUCAACCACAUAAACAAAAAUAUCACCAAUAUAUACGGCAAUGAGAUAACACAAAUUGCACCUACCAGAGAAUAGUGUAUUUCUCCAUCUUAUGCAUACUCUCGAACCUUUUCCAAAAUUGUGUGUUGAUGUAUACGUAUUUCUUGGUGCCGCUUUGCAAACUUUCCGUAAUUUUAAUUUUGUUUUUUUCAUUAUUUUGUGAUAGAACACAAUGUUGAAGAGAUUCUUAAUCGCGAAGUAAUUGAUAUAAUACACAACUUAUUGCACAAGUGCAAUGUUGAGAAAGUUCACUUAGCUUCAGUGAAACUUUUACAUCAACUGACAGAGUUUAUAUUGGGGAGAGAACACAUACUAAAUUAUGCUCAAUGUAAAAGGUAAAUAAUAAAGCACUAUAAUUUGGAGUUUACUGCUCUAAUUUUGGUAUAUAAUAUAGACCUCUCUAUUAUAAUUAUACACCCCUAACAUUAUUUGAAAUUCCGGAAAUUGUUCGGCGCGUGUUCGGAACGCUAUCGUAAUAACUGGUUAAUUGUUCAAAAUGGCGUCGUACACUGUAAAAAUAAUAAAUUAUCGCGAUCAAAAAGCAAAUGGAAGAUAUUUCUGGUCCCUUGCUCAGGCGUAUUUUCGCUGGCUACUCUGGUUUUUAAGUAAAUGAAUGCAAAGCCAAGGCCCAGUCGAAUUGCAUUCACAGAAUAUUGAUUGUUGAAACGUUAAAAAAGGUUGUGAAUGCCAUUCGACUGGGCCUUGCAUUUAUUUAGUUAAAAACCGUAUAGAAUCGAGCGAAAACAUGACUGCUAUUAAUCCUGGUUCCUAAUUUUAACUCUUUCUGCUAAUAUCUCAUCUUCACUUUAUUCCGCCGCUUUUUGCAGAUGCUUUAUAGACGAACUGUUCAAAUUCUUGGACAAAAGAAAUGAAAUUUCAAGGGUUGUCAUGGGAUGCAUGAACAACUUAUCCUUAAACCAAACGUAAGGUAUUUCUGCUUCAACAAUAUCACAUACUCGGCCUAGACCUAGGCCUUCUAUUUUUAUUUAUAUUUUUUUAAUAUUCAGCGCUUUUUCACAUGAAAAGACUGGGACUAGGUGAUUUGGGGGCGGGGCGGAGGAAGGACGCAAGCCCCAAAUCACCUAGUCCCAGUCUUUUCAUGUGAAAAAGCGCUGAAUAUUAAAAAAAUAAAAAUAAAAAUAAAAAUAGAAGGCCUAGGUCUAGGCUGUCACAUACUGACUGUACAGGUCAAGAAAUUGUAUUUAUCUCAGAUUUAUGUCGACUAAUAGUGAGUCACUAACGCAUUACUCACCUAUUAUUGCUACAUAUAUAACUCUAAAAUGUGAAUUAUAAAUGAGACUGCCUGUGGAGAAUGCAUGCCCACACAAAUUUCCCGCGAUAUGUUUAAGGGCCUUUGUAGAUGGACAUGUCGAGUGCAAAUUUCAUACAUCCCUAGACCUAGCCAGGAGCAGCUGCGAAAAAUCAACUAUAUAUAGGCUUCUGGGAGGGAUCGAACCUCCCCUCCCGCGAUUCCGGUGCAGCGCUGUAAGCUGCUUUAACCAGCUGGGCUGCAGAGUCCAGUUGUCGAGCUUUAAUUUACUGUAAGUUCAUAUAACUAUAUUAAGGCGAUGCCAGUUUAAAGUGUAUGGUUAAGUUUCAGAGUACCUGAAUUUGCAUUCGAAAUUUCCAUCUACAUGCAAAGGCCUUUCAAUUGGUUCUGUCGUGUGGGAUGGCCGGGAUCCUGAUUGUUACCCAUGCAGGACGUUUUAAUAAUUAUGUUUAAUCUUGUAUUUCUGCAGGUUUGCCUCAAAAUAUUAUUUUCAAUUAGAAAAAGUUGUUUUGUCCCUUGUGGAAACAUCUAUGGUUGGUAAUUAGGAUUCAUUUUCUAACAUAUACUGUAUUUAGAUAAUUUGCUUUCAAUCUUUGUUCGUAUUAUAGCAGACACUAUAUUUCUAUUUUGUUAGAUCAAUCAGGGUCAUGUAUCCAAUAAUUCAAAGCUUGAUGUCAAAGCUCAAGUUACACUUGUGUCUUCAGGUUUUGCAACCUUGGCAAAUUUAGCCCGAGUCAAGGAAAUAAGGAAGAGACUCCAGUGUAAUGAUCAAUUGUGGAGGCUGUGCGUCAAUGUUCUGGUUAGUAAAACGGAAAGCUUGUUUUGUGGCGGCCAAUGUUUAUCCUAUUUAGGUUCCUUUCACAUAUGACCAGCAGAUCAGUUAGAAACUGUAAACAUUUAAAAUUGUCAUCGAGCCAGGGGCUAUUGGUUAUUUGUUCACUUAACAUACUUUUAGUCUGGUUAAGUUACCAGGCAGUCCUGGUCAAACAUAACCAGAUUCCUGGCAAGGCCGGCGAGAGGGGUGAGGGGGGGGGGCAAAAUACCCCGGGCCCCGAGUGCUCAGAGGGGCCCUGAAAUCUCGGUAAAAUGUUCGUACCAUUUAAUUAUCAUCGUUUUUAUGUUUGUCCUAAAUGAAAUACGCCCACUUGCACACUAUUCGCUGAUUGCCAUGGUCAAUCGUAAAACGUACCAAAUGUGAAAUAACGAUUUUUCGAUUGUUUUCUCAACAAAAACAGUUAGCUAAAGUGCUAAACAUCGUUCACAUGCCAUCUUUAUAAGUUUUGAGAUGAAAUGAACAAAUUUAUUAUGUGAGCUGAGUAUAGUGAGACCGACAGACUGUACAGCUGAUGUUGUAUCAUACUGGACACUGGACAAUUGUUGUUCAUUUGUAUAUAUACUGCAAAAAUAGUUUCAGAAUAACUCAUGCAUUAUUCUAUUAAAUAAGUAAUGUUUGCAUGUUAUUUAUGCAUGUGAACAUAUUUUUAAUUGCAUACAUUGAAAUCAGUUUUUGCCAAUUUGCAGCAAUUAACCAUUAAAGCCCCGUUUACACUAUAGCGGAUUGCUAUCGGAGCGGGUCAAAUUUUGUAGGUAUUGAAAGGCUGUGAAGAUUUUUAAUUUCAGAAACCCAAAUAAACAUGUCAAUCCUGUCAAACUAAUAAGCAUUUGCUACUAACCAUUGCUCCUUAACGGCAAAAGAAGAUGUCGUGACGAGCGAAUCUGGUAUAGUGUAAACGGGGCCUUAGUUGUUCAUAUUACUCCACCCUUAUUUUUCAUGUCAGUUUAUGAUUUUUGUAUAUGGUCUUAUUAUUUUAGUAAUUACAAUUUUUGUCUACUUUUGUUACUAGUUAAUGUUACACUGUGUACAUUUGAACCUAAAUCAGCAUUAAUUUAUUUUACUCCCACGUUUUUAAUUUGCUACACUAUACAAACGUUAAGUUACUGUGGUUAGACCAAAAAUGAUUGUGAUUCGAAACAAUUAAUUGUUGCAUGCUAUUAAUAAAAAAUCGAUUAUCGAUUAUUUAACGAUUUUGAUAAUGUGAAAAAUUUUACAUCCAGACUGAAUAUGUUGAUGAUAUCAAUCGCGGAGAGAUCGGUGAUAUGAUUUACGCUGAACUGGGUCUAUUUAUUAACCUUGCGACCGAUGAAUCAACUUAUCUAAAGGUAUUUUAUGAAUUAUAUCUACAUUUUGGAUAUCUUGAUAUACUGUAACUAAUAGUAGAUGGUUUUUUGGUAGGCAGAAUUCUAAUUUCGAACUAUUAGGUCUAAUAGAGCGUUACGUUCGAAAAUACCAUCUACAAGAGAACUAUCUACUAUUAGUUGUAUCGAAGUAGAUGCCCAAAUACCUUAUACUGGCACCCCUCCAUUAUAUAUAUAGAGGGAUAUUACACGGCGGCGCGAAGAUAUGACUUUUAUCUUCGAGUGGUGAAAACAAUAUUUUACGAACGAGCGCAGCGAGUGAAUGAAAUAUUGUUUUUAACACGUCACGAGAAGAUAAAAGUCAUAUCUUCAAGCCACCGCGUGUAAUGUUCUGUUUAUUAUAUAGUCCCAAACAAGAAAUUGUGAAAUUUCACGCUCAAAAGCAAAUUGGAAAAAUUCACGUGAUCGAUAUCUUCAAUAUAGUGAAUAUAUGGAAAAUAUCUCACUGUGUAUUUUUCAGUAUCUCACUCUCUACUAUAUAAUAAAGUACAUGAAUAUGUGGUUAAUGUUAAACAACUGGACUCUGUAGCUCAUGCAGUUGGUUAGAGCGCUGCACCGGAAUUGCAGAUCCACAGGUUCAAUUGCUGCCAGAGGGCCUAUAGUUGCAUUUUUUGCAACUGUUCCUGGUAUGAAGAUAUCAAAUCUAGUUGAGAAAGGAUUGAAUUAAUGAAUAAUUUUAUUGAUUUAGAUUGAUUAAAUUGGUGAAUAUUAUCCGACAACCAUGUUAUAUUUUAUACGUUUCAGAGUUGUCUGAGUUCUCACAUAGUCUUAAUUGUUUUAGAAUCACGCUAUCUCCAUUGCUCCAAUUUUGUUAAAGUUACUUACUUCAGAAAAUACGGAUCUCGUAAAGGUAUUUAUGACCAGCGCUUGUGUCAUCGGUCGCGUUCAUGUUUUUGGUGGCAAAAAAGUAAAAUAGAGAGAUUGAUUCACUAAUUUGACGCAAAUUUUGAGUAAAACAAUGCAUGCGGCCACCAGAGUGUGACUGAAAAUAUUGUGUAAAAUUGCUCAAAUUUAUGAGAAAAUUUACAAACAACACUUUUUUUGGUAAAUAUUCGGAAAAAUAUUUGCUCAUUUGCCAUAAAUCUGGUUAUAAAUUUGAGUAAUUUUAUUGAAUAUUUUGAACCACUUUGGGUACAUUGUAUAACUCAUUACAGUUUUUGAGUGAAAAUAGUCAUGAGGUAUUUUUGAAGUAUUUUUGUUCAUCCGUCAUUCCGUUAAUAAUAUGCAUGAAAAUGCACUCACUACUGAUUGGCUAAAAGCAGUGCAUUAAAUUUUAUCGACAUACAGUGCGAAAAAAGAAAUACAGUGCCAAAAAAUACACUUCAUUGCCAAAAAAGAAAUAUGUGGCAAGUUCAUAAACAAAAUACAUUUUGAAUAAAGAUUUAAAUGACUUUUUGAAGUUGUUGUGUCAUUCAAAUGAGUGAGUAAAUGAUCUAUUUCGCAUGUGUUUCAUGCAUGCAUGCAAGUAACCAUGAAUUUGCCUCUGCAUAUUGUUGCUAUGUAUAUUAAUAAGAAAUAUAGCACUUGUUUUCGGACUUGUGCAAUUUUGAACGUCAAUUUUGAACGAUACGUUUUUGUCGAAUUAUAUAACUAUACUCAAACCCACCAAUUGUUCAAACAAGUAAUUAGGUAAUAGGUGACCAUGCAUUUCCUCAUCUUUAUCACUGACUAUAGCAUUUAAAUAAUGUGACAUUCUGUUGUAAAGGUCAAUGAUAAUGUUUCUAUUGCAGCGGGUGGUUGGUGUUUUACGGUUAUUGAUGACUUAUAGUGAAGAAGUAGUUCAACUCGCUUGCACUGAAACUUCGUAUGAAAUCUUACUGGAAAUCAUCGAGGUACCCUGUACAGUGUUUAAUAAAUAGAAAACAUUUUCCGUGUUUCUAGACUAAACCAAACUACCACAAGUGUUUCUAUAGCUGUACAGAAACACAGGAAGCGUGUUGAAUAUUUCUCGGAUUCUUAAUUAGUCUUUUUGAAAUUUUAAAAACAAUAGAAAAUGUUACCGUACAUUAUACCUCAUUACGUGUGAAAAAUGAAAUAUUAUAGUUAUUGUUACAUGACUUACAUUUAUUACAAACCUGUUCCAUGUUGCCCAUCACGAUUCGCCCAUAUAGUAUGUGUGAAAAUUGAAAAUAUCCUGAGUUUUCAAAAUAUCCAGGUCUUGAGAUCAUUUUUCUGAUUGCCGAAAUGUUUCCUUUCUAUUUUGUAGAGAACCUCUGAUGAUAGUACAAUAUCUUAUGGCGUGAAAUGUUUAGCUUUUUGUACAGCUAGAAAUAACGAUGCAAAGGCGUAUGUUAGCGUAAAUGGCCUCGCAGUGUUUCAUAGGUUAUUAUCAUCAAGCAAUGAAACCAUCGUGGGAAAUUCUGCUCUCAUUUUAAGCAACUGUUUUGAACAAGGUAAAGUAUGUGAAUGGGAACAGUGUAUUAUGGCGAUGCACAGUGGCGUUGUAGAAGUCUUCGAAUGAAUGCUUUAUGCAGAGGCGUACCCCCACCCCCACAUUUUUCUUCAGGAACGAUAUUGUAAUUCUUUCAAAACUGGGGGAGCGUAACCUCUUAAUGUUUUCAUCUAUGACAUAAAAUAUACCAAAUCUGUAGGUUUCAGAUGAUCAUAAAACGUGACUGUCUAAAAUGCAUGAAAUAACAUUUCGCGAAGCCAAUUAAACAGAAACAUUUUCCGAGUGACCAUGCCCGUGGACAGCCGGACGAUUAGACCCCCCCACUUGUCAACCUCGUUCCCAGGCGUUUCCCUCCUGGAAACGAGGUUGCCCACUUUUUUGGGACUGGCUACGCCCCUGACUUAUAAUGUGGUGAAAAAUCUUUAUUUAAACAAGGACACGCUUCUGCAUGCUAUCAUUUGGGGUCCUUACGCUAUCGAUGACCGACAAAGAAGUUUUCGGCAUAUGCUAUAUAAUUAAGACAAAUUAAUUUUCAUUAACGACAAAAGAACUCAGAUUUGUAAUUACAUCAGAGCGACAUAUGCUGCCAACCUAAAUUCGCACUCCCAAUAUUUCACCAAAUGUCCAUCACUGGUGAUGCAGGAGCGUGAAUGCAAUUCUGUCCGAAGGCUAUAGUGGUUUUUGCUUUGGGAAUAUUUCAAACAGUUUGUUCCAGUUCAAGCCCAGUCCGAAUCUGAGGAAUCGUUAUGUAUAGUGAAAUGAAUUAAUUUUGAUAUAGUCCAAGGACUCUUUUAAUUUUGAUUCAGGUCGGGUUGGAUCAAUAUAUUUCACGGGGUAUCUAGUAUCAUUAUGUGAGGAAAAUAAACACUGUAGUUAAUUUUUCCAUCUUGUAUAGGUAAGGCGUGUGAUCAGUUUGUUGGAACAUCAAUUGUGAAAGAUUUGUUGACUCUGGUCACAAGAAAAGAUUUAACAGACGGAGUCAAACAGAAUGUAGCUAUUGCUCUUGCUAAGCUGGUAAAACACGAUUUAAGGUGUGUAUUGAUUACGAUACAAUAUUUACAUUAAAAGUACGAGUUGAUCUUGUAGCUUUACCAUAUAGUAAAUAUAUAGUCGAUCUCAACAAUAUACUCAGUCUAUAAAACGUCCGUUUACAAAAACCAUCGGUUGAAGCUAACGAUGAACAACCGUGCAUGAGCAUACACACUGCCUACAUAAUAUGCUGGCAUAGUUUCACGUUUGUAAACACGAGAGAAUUAAUUACUAUUUUUAAUGACCAUUUUCUAGGUUUUUGGAACAACUACGUGAGCUGCAUGGCUUGGAGAUUUUGCACUCAGUUGUCCAGUCAAACAGUCUACUUUGAUGAAUGCAAGAAGAAUGAACUAUUAUCAAAUUGCUGGUACAUGUUUAUACUGUAUGCUGCGUUCAAAGCUAAGUGAAGUCCCACUCUGCCUAGCUAUAUGUGCGAACAUGCAAGUAUAUACUGACCAUGCAGAGGACUCUUCAUUUUAAAAUACGAAGCAAUCUAUCUCAUAAUCGUUUUAGUGGCAGACACUUAUUGCGACAUAUUUGCAUUGGGUGCGAUAUAUUACUAUUAGCACAGAAUACUACAUAGAAGUCCAUCUCCUUUGUUUUUUUGCGUACGCUCCAUUCGUCAUGAUUCGUCACUCAGCAAGUACCGUAAACAGAAGCAGUUACCCCCCUGGACGUUCGCCAUUUUUAGUAUUUCCAGGGGGGGGACUGUUUACGGUACUUGCUGAGUGACGAAUCAUGACGAAUAGCGCUUACGCUAAAAACAAUGGAGAUGGCCUUCUGUGUAGUAUUCUGUGCUAUUAGCAAGCAAUUACCUUGUCCUCAGUACAGGACACCAAGGGAACCGCCUCCAUUGCUGAUUAACUAAUUAACUAAGUUGCAGCAGUUUUCAUCAUGCAAUCUAAAAAGGUUUGAACAAUUACAUUAAUUUAAAGCAAAAAAUGCAACAUCAUUGUGGCGGGCUAAAUUCGCACUCCCAACAUUUUGCAUAGUGUCUGUCACUGCUUGUCCUUGCUACAUGUAUGUCAUAGCCUUGGCGUAUAUACAUUUCUCAUCGUAUUAAGUAAAUAUUAACACAUCUUAUCGAAUUAAAGCAUGUUCAAAUAGUUAAUUCUUAAAGUUAAAAAUAAAGGACUUUUUACAUGGAAA